AUGAAUGAUGUUGAAAGUGUAGAGAAUAAAGAGAGCGAAUAUGAAAUGAGCAGCGUUGUUAGUGGAAUGAUUGAUAAUGAUCAUGAAAAUGAAAUGACCGCUGACAGUAAGACAACUGUGCAUGAAGCGAAAAAGGCUGCUGCGUCAAAGCCUGUAGAAGUGACAAAUUCCGGAGUAGUGAUGCAAAAAUUUGAAGAGAAGGCGAUGAAGGAAAGUAAACCAAGAGAAGGACAGGGGAGCUGUGGAAACGGAAGCAAAAGUAAUGGAAAAGAAGGGCGAAGUGGUGAUAAUUCAAGUCUCCCGACGAAUAAUGAGCGAAAGAACAUGAGAGAACGUCCUAAACAUGAGAAAGAUCGGAGACAUAAACGUGAUUCAAGUCGUAAACGGGAUGAAUUGAAAGAUGAUUCUCGAGUUACUAAAAAGAAGAAUGAUGAAAAGGAAACCAGAAGGAAUGAAGAGAAGGAUUCGAGAAAAGAAGGUGACAAGUUUCGAAAAAAUGACAGGAAAGACGAGAAGAUGACAAGCAAGAGGUGGGACAACAAGGAAGGAAAGACAAAAGGUGAAAGAGAAGCAAAGCGAUGUGAGAAUGCUGAGAAAGUUGAGCCGGAACCCACGAAAGAAUCAAGACGUAAGGAACAUGGUGAGAAACGUAAAAGUGAUGCUAGUCGUUCUGAUCAUAAGCGACCACGUCUAAGGAGCUAUGGUAGUCAUGAUGAACAGCGUAGUGAUUCCAGUAAGUCAGAUCAAAAAUUCUUAUCGGAAAUAUCUGAUGUGAAGAAAGUUGUUGAAGUCAAUGAAGUUGAUACAGUGGUGCGGAAUGAAACUGAUCCACUGUUGCUAAGUCAGAAAAAAGCAGGCUUGAAUUCACGGACAUCGAAAGCUGUGGACUCUAUUGAUGGUACUGAAGGACAUGGAGCAUCCGAUCAAAAACUACUGGAUGAAAUUAAAGUUUCAAUCGAGAAGGAGUUGGAACGGAAAGUUGAAGCGAUACCGACUUCCAGCAAUUAUAAUAUGCCAAAUUUGACCGUGGAAUUGCAGUCGGGGGGUGAGAAACGAGUGACGCGAGAAAACAUUUUCGAAGGCGCGAUACCGCAUUUCAACGCACGCCAAAAGAUAAAAAUGAUUCUGUUAUCGGAAAGCGAGCGUAAAGCUGCCGAUCGAUCAUCUAAAAAGAAGACCGGGAGUAAAAUGAUAUAG